AAAGCCUGUUUGGGCCCCCAAAAUGUCAUAAGGUCCAAAGAAAUCAGCUUAUUAUAAUUACAGAGUAUUGUUUACAAUUUUACAUGGCCUGCUUGUAGUUCAUUACGAAUUAUUCUGCAUUCUUUGGAUAUCCAUUUUCGAUUUUUGUUCGAUUCCGACUGAGUAGUGCCUUUCUGUUUACACCCUUGUAACAUUCCAUAAGCGAAAUGGCGGACGAGGCGCUUGCUAGGGCCGGACUUCAUUUCGAUGAACUCAAUAAGAUAAGAGUUUUAGAACCUGAAGUUGCACAACAAACUGUUGAACUGAAGGAAGAGUGCAAAGACUUUGUAGACAAAAUUGCUGAUUUCCAGAAGAUAGUAAGUGGCUUCAUUGAAGUUGUGGAUGGCGUUGCCACUGAAGUGGAGAAGGAAAAGAUGAAGGCAAUCGGUGCUCGGAAUCUCCUCAAGUCAAUAGCUAAGCAACGAGAAGCUCAGCAGCUGCAACUAGUCGCACUCAUCACAGAGAGGAAGAUGCAGCUGGAGAGAUUGCGGAUCCAGUAUGAUGCCUUACAGAAAGCUGAAGGUGAACAGAAUGAGUUCAUCGAGCAGCUGAUUCUCCAGAAGUGACCUACAUCUUUCAUAGUUUUGUCCGUCCAAACAUGUUCGUCUGUCCUUGUACAUAAGUAAUAUAUCAUUUAUUUAUUAAAGAAAUUACAUGCUCA